CUCCUUUCCCAGAACCAGCCCCACUGCCAGAAAAGGGAAGCCGAUGCAAAAACUCUGGGGAGGCCUGGGGCUUGGAGGGCCAGACUGAGCCCGGGCUGAUCUCAGCAGACACGACAGACCCACAGCAGCUCCAGGAGCCCAGAUACCAGCAGCCAGAGGGAAAGCUGGGGAGCUGCCUGCAGCCAUGUCAACCCUCGGCCUGGUCAUGCUGAGCCUGCUCGCGGCAGUGCCACCUGCCAGCUGUCAACAAGGCCUGGGGAACCUGCAGCCCUGGAUGCAGGGCCUGAUCGCCGUGGCCGUGUUCCUGGUCCUCGUAGCAAUUGCCUUUGCUGUCAACCACUUCUGGUGCCAGGAAGAGCCGGAGCCGGUGAACAUGGUCCUGACCACUGGGACCAAGGCAGAUGGCAUCCUGGUAGGCACGGACGGAAGGUACUCCUCGAUGGCGGCCAGCUUCAGGUCCAGCGAGCACGAGAAUGCCUAUGAAAACAUUCCCGAGGAGGAGGGCAGGGUCCGGAGCACCCCCAUGUGACCCCCGCUGGCAUGAGGUCCCAGCCCUGAUCCCAGGCGCCUGUGAUGGAUCCUCAGCUCACCCCCCAGGCCACUUCUUUCUCUGUGCAGGAAUCUACAGUAUGGGCCAACUCCCGCAACCCCACAUGGCCCCACCCUCCCCUGAAUUGUCACCAGCCAGGGUCAGAGCUCAGACUGUGAAUGGGUUGGGGCUCGGCUGUGGCCCUGGGGUCCCCUGGGGGGGGGGGUCCCCACUCAAUCAAAUCAGAAAACCCUUCUGAAGAGGACUGUGAGCUCAGCACCUCCCCUCCUGCCUCCCGUCUCCUCCCCUCCCCCGUGGAAAUGGCCCCUGGUUCUGUGAAAUAAAGACGUUUUGUACCUCUGA